CCGCUGCACCACCGGGGAGGCCCCUUCUGUAUAUUUUCUUUUGAGAAAUGCCUAAGUCCUUUGCCCAUUUUACUUGUUUUUUGUUUAGUUACAGAAGUUCUUUGUAUAUUUUGUGUGAUUAACCCUUUAUCAUAUAGAUGAGUUUCAAAUAUUUUCUCCUUUUCUGAGAGUUUUUUUACUCAGUCAAUUGUGUCCUUUGAUACAGUCUUAAAUUUGGAUUAUCUUGUCUGUUGUAUCUUUAGUUGCCUGUACUUUUGAUGUCCUGUCCAAGAGAUCUUUGUAAGGUCUAAGCUUUCCCCCAUGUUUUCUUCCAAAAGUUUUACAGUUUCAGGUCUAUUUUCAGGUCUUUUUUGAGUUAAUUUUUGUAUUUUCUGUUAGAGUCCAACUUUCAAUCCCAUCCCCUCCAUUAUUUGUUGAAAGACUGUGCUUUUUCCCAUUAAGUGAUCAUGGAGAAGUUCAAAUACACAUGUUCCUGGGUGGAUCAUACCUUGAGCCAGUUAUUAACUAGUUCCUUAAUUGUUAGUUAGUACUAAUCAGAGAAUUGACAGCAGAGUUAAAGAAAGUUUACUUUACCGGAAGAAGAGGAAGAGGUGUUGAGUAGCCAUAUGGGAGAGAGUCAAAGAAGCUCCACCAUGAGACGAGGUGGAUGGAGGAAGCGAGCUGAAAAUGAUGGCUGGGAAAAAUGGGGUGGGUAUAUGGCUGCCAAGGUCCGGAAAUUGGAGGAACAGUUUCAAUCAGAUGCUACUAUGCAGAAGGAUGGAACUUCAUCUACGAUUUUUAGUGGCGUUGCCAUCUAUGUUAAUGGAUAUACAGAUCCUUCUGCCGAGGAAUUAAGGAAGCUAAUGAUGUUGCAUGGGGGCCAGUACCAUGUGUAUUAUUCCAGAUCCAAAACAACACACAUUAUUGCUACAAAUCUUCCUAAUGCCAAAAUUAAAGAAUUAAAGGGAGAAAAAGUUAUUAGACCAGAAUGGAUUGUAGAAAGCAUCAAAGCUGGACGACUCCUGUCCUACAUUCCAUACCAGCUAUACAGCAAGCCGUCCAGUGUGCAAAAAGGUCUCAACUUUAAUCCUGUGUGCAAACCUGAGGAUCCUGAACCAGGUCCAAGCAAUAUAGCCAAACAGCUCAACAACAGGGUAAAUCACGUAAUUAAGAAGAUUGAGACAGAAAAUGAAGUCAAAGUGAAUGGAAUGAACAGUUGGAAUGAAGAAGAUGCAAGUGAUGAUUUUAGCUUUGUGGAACUGGAGCAGAUUUUUCCCAAAAGGAAACAAAAUGGAAUUCCCCAUCACAGAGACAGCACUGCCAUUUUUAAUGGACACACUCAUAGCUCUAAUGGUGCCUUAAAGACACAGGAUUGCUUAGUGUCCAUGGCCAACAGUGUUGCCAGUAGGCUUUCUCCAGACCCUACCCAGGAGGAGGAGAAAGCUGAGAAGAGCACCACUGACUUCAGAGACUGCAUUGUGCAACAGUUGCAGCAAAGCCCCAGAAACACAGAUGCUUUGCGGAAUCCACACAGAACUAACUCCUCGUUAUCAUCUUUGCACAGUAACACUAAAAUAAAUGGUGCUCACCACUCCAUGGUUCAGGGGCCUUCAAGCACAAAAAGCACUUCUUCAGUACCUGCUGGUAGCAAGGCAGCAUCUUCAGUGCCAUCCAAACCUUCAGACUGCAGUUUUAUAUCAGACUUCUAUUCUCACUCAAGACUGCAUCACAUAUCAAUGUGGAAGUGUGAAUUGACUGAGUUUGUCAAUACCCUGCAAAGACAAAGUAGUGGUAUCUUUCCAGGAAGGGAAAAGUUAAAAAAAAUGAAAACAGGCAGGUCUGCACUUGUUGUAACUGACACAGGAAAUAUGUCAGUAUUGAGUUCACCCAGACAUCAGAGCUGUAUAAUGCAUGUUGAUAUGGAUUGCUUCUUUGUGUCAGUGGGUAUACGAAAUAGACCAGAUCUCAAAGGAAAACCUGUGGCUGUUACGAGUAACAGAGGCACAGGAAGGGCACCUUUACGUCCUGGCACUAAUCCCCAGUUGGAGUGGCAGUAUUACCAGAAUAAAAUCCUGAAAGGCAAAGCAGCAGAUAUAUCAGAUUCAUCAAUGUGGGAGAAUCAAGAUUCUGCUCAAACAAAUGGAAUUGAUUCUGUUUUGUCAAAGGCUGAAAUUGCAUCUUGUAGUUAUGAAGCCAGACAAGUUGGCAUUAAGAAUGGAAUGUUUUUUGGGCAAGCUAAGCAGCUUUGUCCUAAUCUUCAAGCUGUUCCAUAUGAUUUUCAUGCAUAUAAGGAAGUUGCACGAAUGAUGUAUGAAACGUUGGCAAGCUAUACACAUAACAUCGAAGCUGUUAGUUGUGAUGAAGCACUAGUAGACAUCACGGAAAUCCUUGCAGAGACCAGACUUACUCCUGAUGAAUUUGCAAAUGCUGUCCGUAUGGAAAUCAAAGACCAGACUAAAUGUGCUGCCUCUGUUGGAAUUGGUUCUAAUAUUCUCCUGGCUAGAAUGGCAACUAGAAAAGCAAAACCAGAUGGUCAGUACCACUUAAAACCAGAAGAAGUAGAUGAUUUUAUCAGAGGUCAGCUAGUUACUAAUCUACCAGGAGUUGGACGUUCAAUGGAAUCCAAACUGACAUCUUUGGGAAUUAGAACUUGUGGAGACUUGCAAUAUAUGACCAUGGCAAAACUCCAAAGAGAAUUUGGUCCCAAAACAGGUCAGAUGCUUUAUAGGUUCUGCCGUGGUUUGGAUGAUAGACCAGUUCGAACUGAAAAAGAAAGAAAAUCUGUUUCAGCUGAAAUCAACUAUGGAAUAAGGUUUACACAGUCAAAAGAGGCAGAAGCUUUUCUUCUGAAUCUUUCAGAAGAAAUCCAACGACGGCUUGAAGCUGCUGGCAUGAAGGGUAAACGCUUAACUCUCAAAAUCAUGGUACGAAAGCCAGGGGCUCCUGUAGAAACUGCAAAAUUUGGAGGUCAUGGAAUUUGUGAUAACAUUGCCAGGACUGUAACUCUUGAUCAGGCAACAGAUAGUGCAAAAAUCAUUGGAAAAGCCACACUAAACAUGUUUCAUACAAUGAAGCUAAAUAUAUCGGAUAUGAGAGGGGUUGGGAUUCAAGUGAAUCAACUGGUUCCAACUAAUUCCAAUACUUCCGCCUGUCCCACUCGCCCAUCAGUUCAGUCAAGCCACUUUUCUGCUGGAUCACACUCUGUCCUUGAUCUAUUCCAAGUUCAAAAAGCUAAGAAAUCCACAGAAGAGGAACACAAAGAAGUGUUUCUAGCAGCUAUGGACCUAGAAAUAUCAUCUGCUUCUAGAACUUGCACUUUCUUGCCAUCUUUUUCUACACAUCUGACAUCAAGUAUCAGUCCUGUUACUAGCAAAGCCACUGAGUCUUCAGGGAAAUGGAAUGGUCUGCAUCCUCCCAUCAGUUUAAAAUCAAGACUUAACCUGAGUAUAGAGGUCCCAUCACCUUCCCAGCUUGAUCAGUCUGUUUUAGAAGCACUUCCACCAGACCUCCGGGAACAAGUAGAGCAGGCUUGUGCUGGGCAGCAAGGAGAACCACAUGGUGACAAAAAGAACGAACCAAUAAAUGGCUGUAGUGCAGGAAUUUUGCCACAACCAGUUGGGACAGUUUUGUUGCAAAUACCAGAACCUCAAGAAUCUAACAGUGACACAGGAAUUAAUGUAAUAGCCCUUCCAGCAUUUUCACAGGUGGAUCCUGAGGUGUUUGCUGCCCUUCCUGCUGAGCUUCAAAAAGAACUCAAAGCAGCUUAUGAUCAAAGACAAAGGCAGGGAGAGACCACCACUCAUCAGCAGUCAGCAAGUGCAUCUGUGCCAAAGAAUUCAUUACUUCAGCUUAAACCACCAGCGGUGAAAGAAAAGAAACGAAACAAGAAGAAAAAUCCCAUCAGUCCUCAAAAAAAGACUCAGAGUCCUUUGAAAAACAAGCUGCUUAAUAGUCCUGCGAAAACUUUGCCAGGGGCCUGUGGGAGUCCCCAGAAGCUAAUUGAUGGGUUUCUGAGACACGACGGUCCUAUUUACGGUCCUAUUUCUGAGAAACCUCUGGGAGAACACUGUGCUUCCACUUCAGAGGUACCAAAUCUUUCUGGUUUGCAGCCUGAUUUGUCUGGCUCUGCUAAACCCCAAGCACCCAACUUAGCUGGAGCUGUGGAGUUCAGUGAUGUGAAGACCUUGCUCAAAGAAUGGAUAACUACUAUUUCAGAUCCAAUGGAAGAAGACAUUCUACAAGUUGUGAAGUACUGUACUGACCUAAUAGAGGAAAAAGAUUUGGAAAAGCUGGAUCUAGUUAUAAAAUACAUGAAAAGGUUGAUGCAGCAGUCGGUGGAAUCAGUUUGGAAUAUGGCAUUUGACUUUAUUCUUGACAAUGUUCAGGUGGUUUUACAACAAACUUAUGGAAGCACAUUAAAAGUCACAUAAAUAUUACCAGGGAGCCUGGUGCUCUCUGCUAGCUGUGCCAUAAGUGCUUGUGAGGUAUUUGCAAAGUGCAUGAUAGUAAUGCUGAGUUUUAUAAUUUUAAGCAAGUGUUUUUGUACAUUUCUUUUCAAUAAGUGCCAAAUUUGUCAGUAUUGCAUGUAAAUAAUUGUGUUAAUUCUUUUACUGUAGUAUAGUUUCUAUUUACAAAAUGUUUGUUUAUAAAGUUUUAUGGAUUUUUACAGUGAAGUGUUUACAGUUGUUUAAUAAAGAACUGUAUGUA